UCUUUCUAGUGCCUCCGACAUGAAGGUACUCAUCCUGUCUGUAUUAUGCGCGUGCGCCGGCGCAGUGGCCGGUAGCGCUGUGCACUGGCCCGGUGGCGCCGCAGUGGCUUUGUCGGCUCCUUUAGUAAGUGCAGUCAUUCCGGGACACACGAAGGCCUUCGGAUACUCCACCACCCAAUAUAUUAAUUCGUUACCGUUAUCUUACCAAGUGGGACUUAGCCCCCAGUUCGCCUAUCAAGUUCCCCAUUUCGCUGGUGUUUCUGCUAUACAAAGUCCGUUUUUGCCUGUAUCCGGUGCAACGUAUUACCCGGCCAGCGUGUUCUACCCUCCGGCUGGAGGUAUCUCACCUAUAGUUCCAAGUGUACCAGCGGCACCUGGUGCUCCUAGUGCACCGGCAGCACCUAGUCAGCCAGCCUCGCCGCCGGAGCAGCCUGCAGGAGAUUCCGAUUCAGCUGUCAUCGACGCUGCUGAUAUCUCCGCCCAACCACAACAGCAGCCGCAAGAUACACCUCCUCAAUCGCAAACAGUGCCCAUUCCUCCAGCGAGCAACUUCCCCAGCUUCCCCUCACUCCCACAAUUACCUCAAGGAACUUUCCCGCAAAUACCCCAAUUGCCGGGAUCUGACACGAUCUUCCCCCAAAUACCUCAACUUCCUCAGAUACCGCAGGGUUCGUUGCCGUCGCUUCCGCAAUUCCCUCAACUACCCAGUAAUCCUCCCUUCGCUCAGUCACCUUCGCCAGCUCCUCCGUCGAGUUUUCCGGCUGCUGACAGCGGAGACAAGGGUCUAAAUGAUGAAGACACGAUAUCCGUAGAAUCCGCCUAAUAACUAUAUUUUUUGCACGUGAAUGACGCUUGAUUGUUGUAGUCAGUAAUUUUUUGCACCUAUGGUGUAUAAUCUGUAUCAAGAGUAGAGGUAUAUUUUUGUAUUCAAUAAUAAUAUUGACAAAUAAUAACAAUAAUAUGAUUUAUAAUUUUAAAUUUUAUAUCAUUUCCUUUAAUAUGUAAGUAUAUGAAUAUUUUAUUAUCUCCAUUCCUAUUGCUGUAACAUUCGCGUUUUAUAAAUCUGUGUGUUGUAAGUAUUUAUAUUUUAGUUCUAUAGUCAACUCGAACAAUAAUAACUUUUAUAUAUUUUCCUUUCAUUGGUACAGCUAAAAAGCCUGGCUAAAUAAGAUCAUCAAAUGAUUUUCAGCCUUUUAUUUUGCUACAAACCAAUUGUAAUUUGUACCUAAAAUUGUUAAUAGUCAUUGUUUAUAAAGUGCAUUAAUAAACUUGAACAAGUAA